AUGAAGGUUUCUGCUCUGAGCCCGGCCCUGCUGGGUCUUGUCGCGUCGGUACACGCGGCAUCCUCGAUCGAGUACUCGACUGUGACGGGAUAUUUUUUGCAGGACGAGACCGCAACCGAUGCAUCAACUUUUGACUAUACUGCUGUCAACUUCGGCCUCAUCAACCGCACCUACCCAGUUGACCAAGAGCUUAAGCGCCAUGGCAAGGACUUCACCCAGUGGGAGCGCUUCUACCACCAGGUCCAGAAGCUGAACCAAGACUCUCACAAGGACGUUGAGUACAAAGUCCUCUUUCUCGGCCGCCACGGUGAGGGCUGGCACAACGCUGCGGAGACCUACUAUGGCACCCCAGCCUGGAACUGCUACUGGGCCGAACUCGACGGCAACAGCACGGCAACCUGGCACGACGCCGCGCUGACCGACAACGGUAUCAACCAAGCGCUGAUCGCGCACGCCUUUUGGCAAAAAGAGAUCGACGAGCAGCACAUCCACACACCGGACAACUAUUUCGUCAGCCCGCUGACCCGCACCCUGCAAACAGCCAACUACACCUUCUCCGGCCUGUCCCUUCCCGACGGGUCCGCGACAUUCAAGCCCCUGAUCAAAGAGCUCUUCCGCGAGGGCAUCAGCAUCCACACCUGCGACCACCGCCGCAGCAAGAGCUACAUCCAUGAACUAUUCCCGUCGUGGCCAAUCGAGAAGGGCUUUGCGGAGACCGACCAGCUGUGGAACGGGGUAACGGCCGAAACGAGCGGGGCGCAGGAUGUGCGCAGCAGCACGGUGCUGGGCGAGGUAUUUUUCUCCAGCGCCAGCAGCAAGCGCGACGCUUUUGUGAGUGUUACCAGCCACUCGGGCGAGAUUUCUUCCAUCUUGCGUGUUGUGGGGCACCGCACGUUUGGUUUGAGUACCGGGGCUGUUAUUCCCGUGCUUGUUAAGGCGGAGAAGGUGGGUGAGGCUAGUGCUACUACAGCUGUGUCGUGGACUGUUAGUGCGCAUUGUACGGCGCCGCCGGUUACAAGCGUUUCGGCUUGUGUUUGUCCGUCGAGUGCGGCGCCGGUGACGACGCCGUUGGUUACAGAUGUUUAG